GGAAGGGAAAGAGGUGGAGUAAUCCUGCAGAAUCUGAGCUGCUGUCCUCAGCUCUGGGGAUGUAAAUUGAUGAGGUCAUAGUGUUUUCCAGUUACAGAAAAGAAAGUUAAAGGGAAAAAAAAAAAAAAAGUUUUCAGCUUGUUUUUCAAGAGAGGCGAAAACUCCGAGGAGCCGAAGAAAUGGAGCAACUUUUAAAACUCCUCCUGUGGCAGAUUUUGCUUCAGCAAAGUUCUGUGUGCUCAUAUUCAGUCCCAGCUGAUGCCUCCAACCCAGCCAGCGUGGUGGUGUCUGUGCUGAACAUCAGUGCAGUUCUGGGCUCCCAGGCCGUGCUGCCCUGCAAGAGCCACCGCAUGGUGUGGACCCAGGACCGCCUGAACGACCGGCAGCGCGUGGUGCACUGGGACCUGCUCAGCUCCUACUAUGGGGACAGCAGGAUGGAGAGGCUCUGUGACAUGUACUCAGCUGGGGACCAACGUGUCUACAGCUCCUACAACCAGGGCAGGAUCCUCAUGCCCGAGAAUGCCUUUGCAGAUGGGAAUUUCUCGCUGGUGAUCAAAGGUGUUGCAGAGAGUGAUGCAGGCACAUAUUCCUGUAAUCUUCACCAUCACUACUGCCACUUGUACGAAACGGUGAAAAUCCAGCUGGUCAUCGCCAAGAGAGGCGAGGAGGCCAGCGAGUACUGGGACGGCGAGAAGCCGGUGCUGGUGGCCCCGGAGGGCAGCACGGUGACGCUGCCGUGCGUCAACCGCCAGCACAUCUGGACGGAGCGGCACAGCGAGGAGGAGCAGCAGGUGGUGCACUGGGACCGGCAGCCCCCGGGGGUGCCCCAGGACCGUGCCGACCGCCUGGUGGAUCUGUACGCGUCCGGCGAGCGCCGCUCCUACGGGCCCCAGUUCCUGCGGCAGAAGAUGAACGUCACCCGCGGCGCCUUCGCCCUCGGAGACUUCUCGCUGCGCAUCUCCCGCCUGGAGAGCGCCGACGAGGGCACCUACUCGUGCCACCUGCACCACCACUACUGCGGGCUGCACGAGCGCAGGAUCUACCACGUGGCCGUCACGGAGCCAGAGAGGGAGAGGAAGGUGGUGAACAUCACCACGCACGCCGUGGUCCCUGCUGCGGAUCCAAACGUGGUCAGGGGCCACAAUGUCAUCAAUGUCAUCAUCCCUGAGAGCAGGAUGCACUUCUUCCAGCAGCUGGGCUACAUCCUGGCCACUCUGCUGCUCUUCCUCGUCCUCCUCAUCAUCGUGGUGCUCGUCACCCGCAGGCGCCGCCAGAGAGGUUAUGAAUACAACGUGAAGAAAUAUGGAGAGAAGGAUGUGAAUCUUAAAGAAUUUACAGUGGACACAACAGAUCUGACCCCACAGAAAAGUGAAGACAUCAGGCUGGAUUACAAAAACAACAUCCUGAAGGAGAAGGCUGAGCAAGCCAGGAGCUUCCCAGCAAAGAACAUUGAUUUAGACAAAGAUUUCAGGAAGGAAUAUUGUAAAUGAAGACAUUCUCAAGCUGCUGGCUGGACCAGAAGCUUCCAUCCAAGAGAGAUAACAUGGAAAAGAGAUGGCUUUUCUUAAUUCCAUCUCCCUCCAGUUCCCACAGAUUUUUUUCCACAUCCACUUUUUUUUUUUCCCCCCCACACAAGGGUGCAAAUGCUUCAUGAAAGAGUUAAACUGUCUUGUGUGCAUUUAUGGGGUUGGGUUGCCUUUUCUUCCUCUGUUCUCCCAAUCCUCCCUUCCCCUUUUCUUUCUUGACAAUUAUUGUUGGAUUUUAUGCAUCAAUGAUUUUUAUGAGCUGAAUCAGCAGAGGUUUUGCUUUGAUGUUAUUGCUUUAAAUAAAACCACCUGCAUCACUAUUCCUGA